AUCCGACAGCAUGGUGAAGGACCAGUUCAGAGAGACCGAUGUGGCUAAAAAGAUAAGCCAUAUCUGCUUCGGGAUGAAGUCGGCGGAGCAGAUGCGUCAGCAGGCUCAUAUUCAGGUUGUCAGUAAGAACCUGUACAGCCAGGACACCAGCCACACCCCUCUGCCCUAUGGAGUCCUGGACCACCGCAUGGGAACGAGUGAGAAGGACCGUGGAUGUGAGACGUGUGGUAAGAACCUGGCCGAUUGUCUAGGGCAUUAUGGGUAUUUGGAUCUGGAGCUGCCCUGCUUCCAUAUCGGCUACUUUAAAGCCACCAUCGGCAUCCUGCAGAUGAUCUGUAAGACGUGUUCUCGGAUCAUGCUGAGUAAGGAGGAGAGGCAGCAGUUUUUGGAUCAUCUGAGGCGCCCCGGUUUGCCCUACCUACAGAAACGAGGUCUGAAGAAGAAAAUCUCUGACAAGUGCAGGAAGAAAAGCGUCUGUCUGAACUGCGGAGCCUUUAAUGGUCCAGUAAAGAAAUGUGGUUUGUUGAAGAUCAUCCAUGAGAAAUAUAAAACUACCAAGAAGGUGGUGGAUCCCAUCGUCUCUGAUUUCCUGCAUUCAUUCGACAUCGCCAUCGAGCACAACAAGGAGGUGGAGUCUCUGCUCACCCGAGCGCAGGAGAACUUGAACCCUCUGGUGGUGCUGAAUCUUUUUCGUAGAAUCCCCAAUGAGGACGUUCCUCUGCUGCUCAUGAAUCCGGAGGCGGGGAAACCCGCGUACCUGCUCCUCACCCGUCUCCUAGUCCCGCCCCUCUGUAUCCGCCCCUCUGUCGUCAGUGACCUCAAAUCAGGUACCAACGAGGACGACCUGACCAUGAAGCUCACCGAGAUCAUCUUCCUCAAUGACGUCAUCAAAAAGCAUCGCAUGACUGGAGCUAAAACUCAGAUGAUCAUGGAGGAUUGGGACUUCCUGCAGCUGCAGUGCGCUCUCUACAUCAACAGCGAACUUUCAGGAAUCCCACUCAACAUGGCGCCCAAGAAGUGGACCCGCGGCUUCGUCCAGAGACUAAAGGGCAAACAAGGACGUUUCCGUGGUAACCUGUCUGGUAAAAGAGUGGAUUUUUCCGGAAGAACGGUCAUUUCUCCCGACCCGAACCUGAGGAUCGACGAGGUCGCCGUUCCCGUUCAUGUCGCCAAAAUCCUCACGUACCCAGAAAAGGUAAAUAAAGCCAACAUGGAGCUGAUGAGGAAACUGGUGAAGAACGGACCGGACGUUCAUCCUGGAGCUAACUUCAUCCAGCAGAGACACAUGCAGAUGAAGAGGUUCCUCAAGUACGGCAACAGGGAGAAGAUGGCUCAGGAGCUGAAGCUUGGGGACGUGGUGGAGAGACACAUGAUUGACGGAGACAUCGUCCUCUUUAACCGGCAGCCGUCCCUGCACAAACUCAGCAUCAUGGCGCACAUCGCUCGUGUGAAGCCCCACAGGACGUUCCGUUUCAACGAGUGUGUGUGCACACCGUACAACGCCGAUUUUGAUGGAGACGAGAUGAACCUUCACCUGCCGCAGACCGAGGAGGCCAAAGCCGAAGCUCUCGUACUGAUGGGGACGAAAGCUAACCUGGUGACCCCAAGGAACGGGGAACCUCUGAUUGCUGCUAUUCAGGACUUUCUCACAGCUGGUUAUCUUCUCACCCUAAAGGACACGUUCUUUGAUCGAGCUAAAGCCUGUCAGAUCAUCGCCUCCAUCCUCGUGGACAAAGAUGAGAAACUUAAAAUUGCUCUCCCUCGCCCCACAAUCAUCAAGCCCGUGUGCUUGUGGACAGGAAAGCAGAUCUUCAGUUUGAUCCUGAAGCCCAGUAAGAGCUGCCCAGUAAAAGCCAACCUGAGAACCAAGGGUAAACAGUACUGCGGCAAAGGAGAGGACCUGUGUUCCAACGACUCCUUCGUGGUGAUACAGAACAGUGAGUUACUGAGUGGCAGUAUGGAUAAGGGCACGCUGGGUUCAGGAUCUAAGAACAACAUCUUCUACAUCCUGCUGAGAGACUGGGGUCAAGUGGAGGCAGCCGACGCCAUGAGCCGCCUGGCUCGAGUCGCCCCCACCUACCUCUCCAAUCGAGGGUUCUCUAUUGGGAUCGGGGACGUGACCCCUGGACAGGGGCUGCUGAAGGCUAAACAGGAGCUUCUGGAUGCCGGGUACAAGAAGUGUGAUGAGUACAUUGAGGCCCUAAACACGGGUAAACUACAGCAGCAACCAGGCUGUACUGCUGAGGAAACACUGGAGGCACUGAUCCUGAGGGAACUGUCAGUAAUCAGAGAUCACGCUGGCAGUGCCUGUCUGAGAGAGCUGGAUAAGAGCAACAGUCCUCUCAUCAUGGCUCUGUGUGGAUCAAAAGGUUCCUUCAUUAAUAUUUCUCAGAUGAUUGCCUGUGUGGGUCAGCAAGCUAUCAGCGGCUCUAGAGUACCCGACGGAUUUGAGAAUCGCUCCCUGCCUCACUUCGAGAAGCACUCGAAACUUCCUGCGGCUAAAGGCUUCGUGGCGGACAGUUUUUAUUCAGGUCUGACCCCCACUGAGUUUUUCUUCCACACAAUGGCCGGCAGGGAGGGUCUGGUGGACACGGCCGUCAAGACAGCCGAGACUGGAUACAUGCAGAGGCGUUUAGUGAAGUCUCUGGAGGAUCUGUGCUCUCAGUAUGAUCUUACCGUACGCAGCUCCACCGGCGACAUCAUCCAGUUUAUCUACGGAGGAGACGGGCUCGACCCCGCAGCCAUGGAGGGCAAGGAUGAACCCCUGGAGUUUAAAAGGGUGUUGGACAACAUCCGGGCCGUGUACGCCUGUUCUGAUGAACCUGCUCUCAGUAAGAACGAGCUGGUGCUCACGUCUGAUUCCAUCAUGAAGAGAAGCGACUUCACCUGCUGUAGAGACACUUUCCUCCAGACAAUGACUGGUACUGGCGCUCAGAAGUUUAUAGAGGAAAUCAAAAAGUUUGUCAGUGGUGUUGGAGAGAAGAUCAAGAAGACUCGAGAUAAAUAUGGAAUCAAUGAUAACGGAUCCACGGAGCCUAAAGUUUUGUACCAGUUGGACAGGAUCACUCCCACCCAGCUGGAGAGGUUUUUGGAAACGUGUAGGGAUAAAUACAUGAGAGCUCAGAUGGAGCCGGGUUCGGCUGUCGGCGCUCUGUGCGCUCAGAGUAUUGGAGAGCCAGGAACCCAGAUGACCCUGAAGACGUUCCACUUCGCUGGUGUUGCGUCCAUGAACAUCACCCUGGGAGUGCCUCGCAUCAAAGAGAUCAUCAAUGCGUCCAAAAAUAUAAGCACUCCAAUCAUUACUGCUCAUCUGGACGUGGAGGACGAUGCUGAUUUUGCUCGACUGGUGAAGGGAAGGAUCGAGAAAACUCUUCUGGGAGAGAUUUCAGAGUAUAUAGAGGAGGUGUUUCUGCCUGAUGACUGCUUCAUCCUGGUCAAACUGUCUCUUGAGAGGAUUCGACUCCUUAGACUGGAGGUGAAUGCAGAGACGGUGAGGUACUCCAUCUGUAUGAGUAAGCUCAGAGUGAAGCCGGGUGAUAUCGCCGUUCAUGGUGAAGCUGUGGUCUGCGUUUCUCCUCGGGAGAACAACAAGAGCUCCAUGUACUACGUCAUGCAGUCUCUCAAACAGGAACUACCCAAGGUUGUUGUACAGGGGAUCCCUGAAGUCGCUCGCGCUGUGAUCCACAUCGACGAACAGAGCGGGCGACAGAAGUUCAAGCUGCUGGUGGAGGGAGACAACCUGCGUGCUGUCAUGGCGACGCACGGCGUCAACGGCAGCCGAACGACGUCCAACAACACGUACGAGGUGGAGAGAACGUUGGGGAUUGAAGCAGCCAGGAGCACCAUCAUACACGAGAUCCAGUACACCAUGGUGAACCACGGCAUGAGCAUCGACCGUCGCCACGUCAUGCUGCUGGCGGACCUCAUGUCCUACAAGGGAGAGAUUUUGGGCAUCACUCGGUUCGGCCUGGCGAAGAUGAAGGAGAGCGUUCUGAUGCUGGCGUCGUUCGAGAAGACCGCCGAUCACCUGUUUGAUGCGGCGUAUUUUGGACAGAAGGACUCGGUGUGCGGUGUGUCGGAGUGUAUUAUAAUGGGAAUCCCUAUGAACAUCGGUACUGGGCUCUUUAAACUCCUACACCGAGCUGAUAAAGUUGCUCCACCACAGAGAGCGCUGCUGUUCGAUACCUCCGAAUUUCACAUCCCUCUCGCCUCCUGAUGCAUACACCAACACUCACACAAACACCAACACUGUCGCACCUCCCCUCACCUGCUGAUACAUACACCAACACUGUAACACCAACACUGUCUCUCUCUCACACACACACACACACCAACAAAGUCCCACACCUCCUGAUGCAUACAACAACACUGUCACACCAACACUAACACAAACACCAACAAUGUCACACAUCUCCUCACCUCCUGAUUCAUACACCAACAACAUCACACCAACACAGUACACCUCACCUCCUGAUACAAACACUAUCACGCAAACACCAACACAGUACACCACACCCUCCCUUCACCACCUGAUUCAUACGCCAACACCGUCAUAGAAACAACACCUACUACACACAUCUGCUGGGUCAUGAGCAGUCACGGAUCUCAGCAUCACACAGUAAUUUACAAUCUUACAUGAUCUAUGCUCGGUAAUGUAUUUAUAUAUAAUUAUACAGUAAUUAUAUAAUUAAUAAUAGUACUGUAUUUACACACAGGUGUUUGUGUGUAUGGUUACAUGUAUAGAAUAGUGAAACCGGAUUUACAGAAGUGUUUCUGUAGUGUGUUUUAUACACACACACACACACACACACACAGUAACAUGACAAUCUCUCAUAUUGUGAAUUUUGUUCCAAUUGUGAAUAAUUCUGCUUCAUCUGUUUGUUUACAUUAUAUUUAAUAUCUGAUGAGCUUUGAUUUCAUUUAAUUAAACAUGUAACUGUUCUGUUGUAAAGAGGAAGGUUUAAACGCUGAUCCUCGAGUUUGAAGCUUCAGAUUUCUGUAUAUAUGUAUUAAACGUGAAUAAAACGUAUAUAUUAAAGGCUA